UCUUCCUUUCUUCUCUAUUUUCUAUCCAUCUCUUUCUCCUUUUCUCCUCGCUUCUUCCCCCCACUUCCUCUUCUCCCCUUCUCCCUUCUCCUUUCCCCUCAACAUUUCUCUUUUCCUUACCAUUCUCUAUCUCCUUUCCUUCUCCAAAUUCCAACACCAUGGCCAGCGCUUAUCAUUGGGAAGCCAGGCGCAGACAGAUGGCUUUGGACAGGAGGAGACACUACCAGCUUCAACAGGAAUUGAAGAACAAAAAGAUAGAAAAUGACCUGGAGGAACAAAGAUAUUGCAUGGGUCUUGAACCCUAUCAACGGUACCGUUCUCCAAGCCCUGACGCUGAUUACCUAUAUGGCAACCUGAGCCCAGAGACCUCUCACCGGAACACCAGCGCCUUCCUCACUGGAGAGAAUCCAGAUGACUUGAGAGGCUGCUUCAUGUUUCCUGAACGCCAUACUAUGGGCCACUGCAUGUGCCAGUGCCAGUGUCACUUCCAAGGUCAGGGCCAACAUCAGAGCAGAAACCACGAUCACGACGACGACCAGGAGGAGGACCAAGAUGAUGUGCAGGAAGUGGUCCACAGCAAGAGCCGAGACCGGAACCGGGACCCAUGUCAGAGCAAGAGCCAGGAGCGGGAGCGGGGCCUGGGCAAGGGCCAGCGCCAGAGCAAGAGCCAGGUCCGGGACCGGGAACAGAGCAAGAGCCAACGUCAGAGCAAAGAACAGAGAGAGACUGGACAUCACACUGGUCACCAUCAUCACAAAAUUCAUUCCGUGGGUCAUCAGCAAGCUGCCGCCGCUGCCGCCGCUGCUGCUGCUGCUGCAGCCCAUCAACCCCAAGAGUUCAAACACAGUGCCCCAGAUUCUACUCUUCGCCAUUCCAAACGUGGAAAAAGAUACACGCCUCCCCCUGACGUCAUAAUAUCAAAAAGUCUCUGGAAAAGCUUGAAGCCCUGACAUAAGGCAGGGACCAACUCAGACAUUCCUGAGAAGAGAGAUUGUCUUCAAUAGCUCCUUGUGUCCUGCCUCAUGAUCUGGCAAAUCCAUUUUGAAGAAAAAGAAAAAAAAUAUCAAAAUCAUGACGUCCUUUCUCUCCUUGGCAGAUUCAGGUAAGAAGACAGGGCUAGUUAGUGGCAGUAAAACUCCCUUUUCCACCACUGAAGUUUA